UGUAUACCAAUGUGAACAGAAAAAGACAUGACGGAUUACAUUUCAGACCAUUAUCAUAUGCAUUCAGAGUACGUUAGUCCUGAUCAUAUAAACGUUUAAACUGUGAUAGUGUUCUCGCCGAUCUUAAUUGGGACGAUAGGGAGUUCCAGAGCGCCGCCCCUGAGUAUGACAGUAUUUUGAAGUAUUUUGCAUGCAAAAGUGUAGAAAUAACAACAUGGACAUUACAAUGUCCUUGCUUUAAACAAAUAUUCUACAAGAAGACUUACUAAUCGAGUAACGAAUUAUAGAUGCCUGGUAGGCGGUAUCGGCCAGUCUCUGUUAGGUGUUGGUUGGUCGUUACUCGAGUCACCUGUCUCUAAGUCACGUGCUCAGAGUAAUUGAAUCACUCCUGACGAAGGUCAACGGAUCAAAGAGCGACCGAAAAUUUAAGAUGGCUCUUACAUCAGAGUGGAAGGGCCCACCAGAGUCUUGGACGUCUCUGAACUUUCAGGUUGGAGAUUUGAUUGAAAUCCUGGAGAACGAUGACCACACCAGCUGGGCUCUCUACCUUGGGCACGCAGAGGUCGUCUAUACCGGGCCAUCACCUGAUCAACACUCAACCAAUCAGGACACAGCAUCUUCAGCCAAUCAGAACACAACACAUGCACCUGGAGGUGACAGUGAAGUGCAGAGCACUGCAACUUCUGCAGCAGGAACCAAUGAGAAGGACAGUAACAUCCAAUACCAAGUGAAGAAAGGUUUACUGAAGGCUGUGAUUGGUCAGCACACAGUCAGGAUAAACAACAUGUAUGACAGCACCAGACUGGUCUUCCCACUGCAAACCUUAGUGGAGCUGGCCGAGCUCCAUAUUGGUGAGACUGUAGGGGAUAGGAAGGAUGCCAUUGUGAACCUUAGGUAUGAGAAACCGUUGAGAGGUGUACACCCCGACAGAUAAGAGGUGUAUGCCCCUAAACCUUUUAGACAUACCGACUGUUCCUAUCAAUUUUCUUCCAACAGUGACUGUUUUAAAUGUGUCAGUACAUCUUGGUCACGGAGAAUGGCCUAGUCUCGAUCUCGCGAGAGAACAUUUGGAGGUACGUACUCUACCUUUAAAACAGUCAACGGUUGGAAGAAAAUCGAUUGUAACUGUAUACAUACGUGACUGAUGAACCUCCUCAACGAUAUUCAGACAUACCAAAUAUCAUAUGGAUCCAUCCAAAUUUGUACUGUCCACAAAUACACCCACAAAUACAUGCAGACACAAACAUAACCUUCUUGGCAAGGGUAAGAAAUGAGAUGGUAGUACGUGUAUUAUGUAUUCAAGUGCUUUUAUUUCAUAGCCAAAAACACCAGUCCCUCUAUCUACAAUUGACGACUUUUAAGUCAUAAAUGACAGGCACAAACCCUUUUUACAAUGUGCAUGACAUAUCUUUAUCUGAUAUUUGAAUGUAUACUAUUCUUCUUUCAAUUUCAUCCUCCUUCAAUAUGUCUGACCAACAUGUAGAGACAUACAUCAACAUUAAAUCUUGUCCCUUCAAAAAAUA